CGUUUCUGGCAGCCAACUGGGCAUGUGGUUCCCAUAGCUUCUCCGAAGUUACGGAGUAAAUACGCAGCAAAGUUGGGCAUUGAAAUCAAAUCAGUUGUGUUUGCAACGGCAUCAGGAGCGGAUCGGCCAAUAAAUAGCAAACAAUAGCAAUUACAGAAUCAAUUACAAUUAUGGCUGUUACCUGUGAGAUCGACUUCGAUAACAAUCCCCACGGCACCUACUUUGGUGGCCAGGUUGUGAGCGGCAGGGUAACGCUGCGUCUGGACAAAGUGAAGAUGGUGAAAGCUGUCACCUUAAACAUAACCGGAUAUGCCGAGACCCGAUGGAGCGAAAGGGUAACCACAAACCGUAGGAGGAGACGUCGCACGUUCUAUGGUCGUGAGGAUUAUAUUGCAUCCAAAACGUUCCUGGUGGGCUCCAAUUUGAGCUCCCAAGUUCCCAUUGAAGCAGGAAUUCAUACGUACAACUUUACUUGCCAGAUUCCCACCGAGUGUCCAUCGUCCUUUGAGGGCAUCAAUGGGAGGGUUCGUUAUAUGACCAAUGUGACCCUGGUCAGACCCUGGAAAUUCGACCAGAGCUACACACGAUGCUUCACAGUACUGAAGGUUAUGGACCUCAAUUUCGACAGCCCAUUACUAAGGGUUCCCGCCCACAGUGAGACCUCAAAGACGUACUGCUGCUGGCCCUGCAAAUCGGAUCCUCUGUCCCUCCAGCUGACGCUUCCUCAAACUGGCUUUGUGCCUGGCCAAAGCAUUCCGCUCAGUGUGCUGGUCACCAACGAGAGCCACAUUCCCGUGGAACAGCUCCUGAUGACCUUUGCAAUGCUGGUGACCUAUCACAGCAAGCCUCCUUCGAUGCCCAAUACUACCUCCGAGCGACUGGUGGUCAAUACUUUAAAGGGAGACUCGGUUCAGAGGAACUGCAAGAAACUCUUCAACUACGAGAUUAAAGUGCCAGCCACUCCGCCCACCUGCUUCAACCUGUGCGGCAUCAUACAGAUCGCAUAUCAAGUGGAAGUGGAAGCCCAGGUAAAGGGCUGUCACCACAACGAGGUGGUCAGCAUUCCCGUUACCAUUGGCAGUGUUCCGCUGUCCCAGCAUGUGCCGAUCCAGCCACGGGGUUUGAUCCAUCAACCUUUGGAUGUAAAUGGUUUGGGUGGUGGACACAUGGCCACUGCUCCGCCACCAAACGCAGCCAAUCCCUGGGCUAUUGAUGAUUCUAUUCCUCCUCCCAACUAUCAGGAGGCUCUGCACAUGCGCUCCACUGCUGACACAAAGACCGACGACAUCGACGAUCCAGAGCCAGUACAACCCAAUACUCUUAAUCUGGAUGGCACUAACUAUAGGCCACUGUAUCCAGUCUUCGACAUUCCAAGUCCCUCGGCUCCUCCACCAUCGGAUUACACUCAGAACUAUAUGGCCGAGAGGGCCUUUGUCAAUCCUGCAAUGGAUGGGGACAAGGACAAGGGAACUUGGCUAUAAAAAUAAAAAAUAAAGGGAUAAGCUAUGGAAAAAAUAUAUGAAAUUUAAUUACCGUAAUGUUUGUUGUGAAUAAAAUGGAAUGCAAAAUAUUUACAUA